GCCGGCGCCGCUGCCCCGGCAGAGCGCGCCACUCCUUCGUCGAGGCAGGACGUGCGCCCAAGCCGGGCCGAGCAGAGGCCAGCGGGAGCCGUGCCAAGCCAAGGCCAGCCGUGCCCAACGGCCCCUCGACCCGGGCAUCCUCUGCCUUCCCGCCGCUGCCUCCCGGAAUUGCGCUCCCAGCGCCGACACCGCUGCCCCAGCCGCGCCGGGACCUUCGGGCGCCGCCGCUGGAUCGCGCCCGCUGCGGAGCCAACAUGCCCAUCACUCGGAUGCGCAUGAGACCCUGGCUAGAGAUGCAGAUUAAUUCCAACCAAAUCCCAGGGCUGACCUGGAUCAAUAAAGAGGAGAUGAUCUUCCAGAUUCCAUGGAAGCAUGCUGCCAAGCAUGGCUGGGACAUCAACAAGGAUGCCUGUCUGUUCCGAAGCUGGGCCAUUCACACAGGCCGAUACAAAGCAGGGGAAAAGGAGCCAGAUCCCAAGACAUGGAAGGCCAACUUCCGCUGUGCCAUGAACUCCCUGCCAGACAUUGAGGAAGUGAAGGACCAGAGCAGGAACAAAGGCAGCUCAGCUGUGCGGGUGUACCGGAUGCUCCCGCCCCUCACCAAGAACCAGAGGAAAGAGAGGAAGUCCAAGUCCAGCCGAGAUGCUAAGAGCAAGGCCAAGAGGAAGUCAUGCGGUGACUCCAGUCCCGAUACCUUCUCCGAUGGACUCAGCAGCUCCACCCUGCCCGAUGACCACAGCAGCUACACCGCACAGGGCUAUCUAGGGCAGGAGUUGGAGGCUGAGCGGGACCUAACUCCAGCACUGUCCCCGUGUGCUGUUACUAGUACUCUCCCUGACUGGCGCAUCCCAGUGGAAAUUGUGCCCGAUAGCACCAGUGACCUGUACAACUUCCAGGUGUCACCCAUGCCCUCCACUUCGGAAGCCACGACGGAUGAGGACGAAGAAGGGAAGUUAACGGAGGACAUCAUGAAGCUCUUGGAGCAGACAGGGUGGCAGCCGACAAACGUGGAUGGGAAGGGGUACCUGCUCAAUGAACCCGGGGCUCAGCCUGCCUCUCUCUACGGAGACUUCAGCUGCAAGGAGGAGCCAGAAGUUGACAGCCCUGGAGGGUAUAUUGGACUGAUAUCUUCAGAUCUGAAGAACAUGGACACCAGCUGGCUGGACAGCCUGUUGCCCCCAGUCAGGCUGCCCUCCAUCCAGGCCAUUCCUUGUGCGCCAUAGCUGGGCCCCGGCCCCUUUUUACUCCCCUAGGCGAGCAGGACCUGGCAUCAUGGUAGCUGUGAUGUGAAGAAACAGGACUCCUGUGGGCUGCUUAACAUGGCAGAGUAUGACUCCGUUGCUGAGCAGGGAUGGGGCCUCCCUCCUUAGGACCGUGACCUCUUGGGGUCUGUCAGGCCAGGGUCUGGGCUCAUCUUGCGGGGUAAAGCUGGCCCUGCCUCCUGGGAAGAUGGGGUUCUGAGAUGGACGUGUCAGGUGGAGGUCUCAGAGAGGAAUCAGCCUCCAGCUUUUCCCUCUAAGCCCAGCUGCCGAGAGGGUCUCGCUGUCACUGAGGUGGCCCAAGGGAACAGACCAGUGACCUCAGAAAAGCACAGCGCCGACGCCAGGGCCGGCUCUGCACUAAGAGACUAUUGCACUAAGUGAAUCCUGUUCCCAAAGGAACCCCCCCCCUUCCCAGCUGAGCCCUGGGGCCUGUUCCAAAGCCAGCGAAAUGUGAAGGAAAACGGGGCCCUGCAGGACAGUGCUCCCUCAGCCUCAGAGGAGCUCCGCCCUGCUCGGGCUGAGGGGCUUGGGAAAAAACAUGGCACUUUUUCUGGUGGACCUUGCCACUUUUCUGAUCAGAGGUGUACACUAAUGUCCCCCCCCAAGCUCUCAGCCUUUGCAUUUAUUUAUACCGUGCCUUGCCCUGCGCCCACCCGCCUGCUCAGGCAGGCCCCGGCAGCCCUCAGCAGGCCCUGGGAGGGAAGUGUGAGCGUCUUGGUGUGAUUUUUAAAAUUGGAAAUGCCAUCUAACCACUAAGUCAUGUAUGACCACAUAUGUACAUGUGUGUAAAUAUGUACAUUUGUCUUUUUAUAAAAAGUUAAUUGUUUAUAAAGGGUGUGGCCUUUUAUUUAGAGAUAAACUGCAGAU